AUGGCGGUGAAUUUGUUUGUUAUUGACAAUGCCUAGUGAUUGUAAACACGUUUUAUGAUAUCGAUUUAACAAUCCAUUAUUACUUUGUUAACUUAGUUUUGGCUAGAGAGCUUCGAUUUUAUAUAGUUAUUUAAUUUAUAAUCAUGACUACCAUGUCUGAUGGAGGAAAGCCUCCUGCCUAUAUGGAACAACUUUUAGACGCCCUGGGAUGGAACCACGGAACCAGAAUCCCUUUAGCUAACCCUGCAAACCAGGAACUAGAGACCCAACUUAUUAACAGACAAAACGAGUUACAGCGGUUGAAAGAAGCAUUGAUAUUGCAAAAACAAAAGCGCGAUGAUCUCAACAGUUAUAAAGAGCAUGUCCACUCUGAAUAUCAGGAGAAUACUCGUUUGCUGUUUGCACACAAGCAGCAGUUGGAGCAAGAGGUAAAACUCCGCCAGCUCAGUUGCAAUGAAGCAGAUAGACUGGACCGGGAUGUCAUUGACUCCACCAAGCAGAGUGCAGAUAUCAAUGCAAGAAUUAAUAGGCUGCAUGGAACCAUUCAUCACCUCCUGAAGCAGGCUGACCAAAUGAAGUCUGUGGUGUGUGGUGAACGUGAGGCGCUGCAGGAAUGGAGAGCUGCUCUAGAGAGGUCAUCCUGUGAUAUAACAGCUCUUGAACAAUUCACUCGACUGGAUGUUUCUAAAGCAAAGAUGAUGGAGACCAAGAGACAAAAUUUGAAGAUGGAACAUGAUCGCAUGCACGACCGACUCGUCCAGUUGGUGUCCAACCUCAGCGCUGAAGAACGAGCUUGCGACAGAAUUUCAGUUCAGGUGGUACAAGGCAUGGAAGAAAGAAAACAAAUGAUGUCCAUGUGGACCUCUGCUGUUGAGAACCUGAGGCAGCGCGAUAAGGACAUCAGGCACAUCCGCGAGGACUACGCAGUGCUCGAAUCGGAAGGCAACAACUUGACGGAGCAGUGUCGCGAGCAGCAGGCCUUCUGCGACCAGCAGCGCGGCAACAACGACGACGCGCAGAGAGAGAACAUGGCGCUCGCCUCGCAGCUCAGCACCAUACGGAUCAACCACACGCGCCUGCUGGAGAUCAAUGCCACGCUCGAUAGUGAGGCUAAAAGUCUCCAGCGCGAGUUGAGCAAUAUGCGCAAUGUAUUGGAGAAGCUUCACAUGGAGAACAGGAGUAUCAUGCAGGAACAGCACCGCAAGGACCUCAAGCUAGCGGCUACUGAGAUAAGGAUAAAAGAACUGAAAGAGAAGAAUAAUGAAUCUCUAGAUAAAUCGAAGUCCUCUGAGAAACGAGCUAAGGAGCUGGAAGAUAUAUUGAAUGAUGAAGAACGCUACGCAAGCCAAAUAACGACCAACCAACAGCGGGCUAUGCAUUGCUCUUUCAUCGAACAGCAGAAGCUCCUGGCUUUGCAGAACGAGCAGAAAUUGUUCUAUAUGCAACUUAAAUCAUCCAAAGCAGUUUAUUGUAAAUUGGAGUGCAAGCAGCGGGGUAUACAAAAACUUCUGCAAACACAAAAGGAGUCUCUAUACAAUAUUUGUUACCAAGUGGAGACAGUGGGCGCCCGCGUGGCGCUGAUGGAGGGCCAACAGGCCGAGCGCGAGUGUUCCGCAGUACUUGUGGAGCGGGAGAACAGGAUGAAGAACGUGUACGCCCGUCACGCGGCCCGCGUGGCGCUGCUGGAGCGGCACUCGGCCAAGCUGCACGACGACAUGCGCAGCAUCGCGCGGGAGGCCGAACAUCGCUCUGUCGAGCAUGGCAAGCUGCAAAGCUUGCUGAAGUCGGCGAUGCUGAACGUGGAAGGGGGCGAGAAGGAGAUGCGUGCGGCGCGUGCGGAGUGGCGGCGCCUGCGUGUGGAGGAGGCGCUCAUGCGGCUGCGGGUGGCGCAUGCAGAGCGGGCGCUGGCCGGCCUCGACCACACCGCCUUCGACCUGGACGAGCAGCGGCUGCACAUCGACGCCGCAAUGAAUGAGCGUCUGGUCGAGAUCAAAGCACGCCGCGAGAUGUUUUGUGUGCAAAAACGAGCGUUGUUUGACGACUGCGGGAAGCUGCGCAGCGAGAUUCGAGAACGAGAACAACGCAUCACACAGCUUAUUAAGCGGUACGAUAUAUUCAUCAGUUCACUGGGAAGAGACGACUCAGGCCAACAGCUCUCUGUCACUUACUUCAAAAUCAAGUUUGCGGCCGAGCGCGCGGAGUUGCGCGAGCGCGGCGCGGCCCUAGACGCGGACAUCGGGCGUCGCGAGCGCGACGUGUCCGCGCUGGAGGCCACGCUGCGGGUCGUGCACGCCGCGCACAAACACUUCAUGUACCACAUCUCGCCGCUGCAGGAGGACACACCAGAGAUCGAGGAGUUGAACGACUUGACGAAGAAAUACUACGAGUUACGAGACCAGCUGAAGGUUCUACUGGAGCGCAUCGCCAACCUGGAGCAGUACCUGUCUGAUGCUAAAGCGCGGCUCAAGUUGCUCACCGACAAGAACAAGCAUCUCAAUGCAAAAGAAGCCGAGAUGGAACAAGAUUUGGAAUUCUCUCGGGAUAGGAUGAAACGUCAGGAGACACACCUUAAGAAUGCGCGCGAAAUCGCCAGCCACAACGCCAAGCGGGCUAAGAAACUUAUGGAAGGGAUUGAUAAAUGGAGAAUAUUCCAGAUGUCGCUCUGGAACCGCGACUACACGGAGGCGUCGCAGGCUGCGCUGGCAUCGCUGUACGACACGUGCAGCAACUCCCCGGACACCAUCAAGCGGUUCGCGGCGCUCAUCGCCACCACCGACCUCGAUCAGUACAUCUCCAAGAACCAGCGACGCCUGCAACUCUUCGUUAACAAGAUCCUGGCGGAAAAACUGCAUAUCGAUAAGAAGGAAUCGUUCGUAGAACUUGAAGAUUCUGUAUUCUCGCCUUCGGUGUCAUCCGUGAAGAGUGGCGUGAGCAUCGCCAGCGGCUACACGCGCCGUCUUGCCGGCUUUCGUAGGCGUCUCGCCCCCAAAGUGGAGGAAAAUGCGUUGGUCGAUGAAAUUCCUGAAACAGCGCGCCGCUCUACUGUAUCUCUGCGUGUAAUAUCACUCGCCCUUGAGGAUUCAUAUGGAAUGAUGGCAGAUCCCGCGCCGCGUGCUUCUAGAAGGUCGAUUCUUUAACAUGCUGAUAUCGAUUAGGUACUAUAAACUGAAAAGUAAUGACGACACUCAUUAACUAACUGCAUGAUGGUAUAAAGUAAAUGACGGUAGGUAUCAAUUGUAUUAACGGGUUUCAAAAUCUUAGUUAAUUGCUUUUUCAAUAAUGGUGACGGCAGCAAUUAAAUCUAUCUACUUAUCGUAAAUUAAGUUUUAGUGAUGGUAUAGUGCACAAUUAACGUGAUAGCCUAUGCUUGGUAGGGAGCAAUUUCUUAGUCCAACAAAACUAGUCAAUACCUACAUACAGUAGGUAAAUAUAUUUAUGGAAUGGGAAUGGUAUAUUUAUAAAAACAUGUGGAAAUGCACAAUAAAUAUGGUAAAAAA